AUGCAACAGCAGAAGGAAACAGCUGCGUCGUUGUUUCAGGAUCUUGAAGAAGAGGAGUCAAUUGUUCCUUCCAUUUCUCUGGCAGCACCAGCCGGAAGAGGAGCUAGUGGACCAGCUUCUUCUCAAGGCCCCAAAGGCACCAAAGGCAACUCGAAGAACAUUGUUCCUGAGUCGCAGCAUCCUUCAAGUCGACAAGCUGCUGCCACCAAGCCUGCCGUUGAAGCUUCGAGGCAGCGCUCAAAGACCAUGAAGGACUUUAAGAAUGCCGAACUGGGCAUGAAAAAGGCCCUUGAAGCUGGAGAGAAUGUCUUGCAGAAUGAGGCGGUCGACAGUGACGCGAGUCUUGAACUCCUUCGACGACGCCUUGACCUGUUGCGAUGUGCCAUGGACUUGUCCACGGGCAAGGAUGGUGACUCUGCUAGCAAAGAUCUUCUGAAACGAUGUUUAGAGGAUCCAUACCUCAAAGAGCUACAGAUGAACUUGUUGGCAGAUGCUGAAGGAGUACAGUGCUUCGGAAAAAUCAAAUGGAUCAGAGAGAAGCUAUUGGACAUCCAGCCCAGUUCUGCUCGUGUGAUAGAGCUGAUGGAUCAGCAACGCACAGCGUUGUCUGUGCUUCAACGCAUAAUCAAAUGUGUUGAACAAGAAUCUGAAUCAUGGAGGACAGGAGCUGCAGCACUGGCGAAAGCUUAUGCUGAAGAAGAACGGGCCAAGAAGAAAGCAGAGGACAAGGUUCAGAAGGACGAGGAAAAAAAGAAAGUCAGACUAGCAAAGGCAGCUGCUAGAGAUGAAAAGAAAAAACGUGAGAAAGAAGAGAAAGCAGCAGCAGCAGCAGCAGCUGCAGACAAGAAGACCACAGAGGACGGUGACAAGAGUGAUGAGGAGGCGGAGGAGGGCAAAGUGAGCAAGCUGCGUCGACGACGCACAGGUACUGCUGCCACAGACUUGGAACCAUCCGAUCCAUCGGUGCUGCGAACUCUACGGGUGUCGCAGCAGUUGCCUUCUACCUCAAUCUCUGAUGAGCUGGAGCGCUUUGUGCACCAGAUUGCCCAGUUUCCCGCAGUCCCAGCAGUCUUGCGAUUGAAGAAGGGCAUGACCAAGAAGAUUCUCAGCGCUUCACCUGAGCUCAAUCCGAACCAAAUCAACAUCAUGUCAAAGAUGCUGAACGCUGACGCGCAGCGCUUUGCGAAUGAAUGCAGCGAGAUAUGGACGAAAGAUGUGAACAAAACUUCAUCGGGUCGUCUCGGGUCCCCUGCUGAAGGACCCGGAGAAGCACUUGGAUUAGACAAGCAACUCCAGUGUGAGAUUGACAACUUGAUCAAAAUUGAGUGCAAAGAAGACUUCAGUGAUGCUGUGCUGUGUCGCAACAGCUUUGCAGACAAGUCGUGGGCCUACGGCCAAUCUUUGCAGCCACCUGUGGCAGAAGCUGAGCUGACCAAGGAUGUCAACCGCAUCAAAGGGGUGACGUGGUGUGGCUCUCGUCAGGGUAGCUGCUACACUGGCACACUCCCUUUUGGUACGGGGGCCCUAUGCUAUCAAUAUGAAGGAACCCGAUUGGUUGCUACGGUGGAUGCCCUUGAGAUGGCUAAGCUCAAACACCCCCAUGUCACGGAACUCAUGGAAAAUGAGGAAGCUGGCAUCAGUGAAUUUAUCAAGCUCCUGGAGGAGUGUUGGGGUAGUGGUGAUGUUGGUUUUUUUUGCAUUCAGCAGCAGCUUGCAGUAACUAUAUUGCCAUCAUGUUAA